UGUUCCCAUCAGCCCCCGCGGUGCCGUACGGCAGCAUGGCGGCCACGGGARCGGCGGCGCUGGUGCAGUACGUGGUGCUCCGCGGGGAUCUGGCGCGGCCGCCGCUGUCGUGGCCGCUCGGGGCCGUGGUGGCUCAGGGCUGUCACGCCGCGCUCGCCGCCGUUCACGCGUACCGGGAGAAUCCCGACACCGGGGCGUACCUGGAGCAGGGGGACGCCAUGAGGACCGUGGUGCUGGAGGCUCCGGACGAGCAAUCCCUGCUGGAGGUGCAGCGGCGGCUGCGGGAGGAGGGCAUCGAGCACCGCCUGUGGAUGGAGAACCCCGAGGGCGUCCCCACGUGCCUGGCGCUGCGGCCGUACCCCAAAGAGAGAGUGCAGAGCCUCCUGCGCCACCUCAAACUGCUGCGAUGACUGCACACGGCUUUUCCUUGGAAUUCUCUGUUUUCCUGAAAUUUUUGGUGUAAUUUUAUCACCUAUUUUCUGGAAUUUUCAGUGACUUUAUCAUGGUUUUCCUGAAAUUUUCAGUAUCUUUAUCCUGUAUUUCCUGAAAUUUUUGGUGUAUUUAUCACGUAUUUCCAUGAAUUUUCAGUGUCUUUAUCACAGUUUUUAUGGAAUUUUCAGUGACUUUAUCACGGUUUUUCCUAAAAUUUUCGGUGACUUUAUCAUGUAUUUUCAGGAAUUUUCAGUCACUUUAUCGUGUAUUUCCAGGAGUUUUCGAUGUCUUUAUCAUGUAUUUCCUGGAAUUCUGUAUGACUGUAUCCUGUUAUUUCUAUGAAUUCUCUGUAUCUUUAUCCCAAAUUCUCAGUGUCUUUAUUGCAGUUUUUCCUAAAAUUUUCGGCGACUUCAUCAUGGAUUUUCUGGAAUUUAAGGUGUCUUUGUCCCAUCAUUUUGGGAAUUCUCCAUGACUGUAUCCCAUUAUUUCCAUAAAUUCUCUGUGUCUUUA